GCUUGUUAUCUGAUUGAGGCUUUGCCCAACACAUUGCAUCCUUGUACGUUUUGUUUGUUGCUUUUUGGCCCGGUAGAUGACUUUGUUAAUUCAAAGUUGGUCGUUGUAAUUUUAUUUUGGGCGGUAGAUGACUUUGUUAAUUUAAAAGUAGGACCUUGAGCCUUAGUUCUACUCUGCGUUCGGAAUUACUUGUCUCGGAAAUGGAUGUAUCUAGAACUAAAAUACGUCUAGAUACAUUCAUUUUUGUGACAAGUAAUUCCGAACGGAGGGAGUAGUAGAAAAUAAAACAAACAAAUGCAUAUUAUAACAGAUCAUAAACGCAAAAUACUAUGAACUGCCUAAACCUAGAGUUUGCAAACAGGAAAAUGUCAGAAAUGCGCACCAAUGCACAGCUGUUAUGAUUUGCAUAUUGCAUAUUUGCAAAGCUUAGAACACACUCCCCUCUCUUUUCGCCUCCUCCUGCUAUCCACCCAUCAUCUGUACCAAAGCCAGAUCGAGGCCGCCGCUUCUCUUUCUCAGCCCUAAUGAUAGGAACCGAGAUCAAUUCGAGCGCAAGCACACAAGAUAAUCAAGAGAACCGGGGAAUCAGAGGAGUGAUUGGGUUUUAGAUACCCCGAAUCAUGUCACACAUACAAGUUCUCUUGGACCGAGCUAAUUCUACCAAGUAGCUAGGGUUCUAGAGCUAGUUACAAUAUUUGAAGAAAAAAAUGAUGCCCGAUCCACGGCAGGAAAUGACCCACGGCAGUUAACUGAAGGGCAGUGAACAAGCUUCAGUUAUUAACUGUUAAAUUUGUCGGACGGUAAACAGGAGAGCUGAGCGUCAACGUGAGCCGUUCGUUGAUCUGGCGAGCUUCAAUCGUAGCCAUCCAUCGAAUCGUUGUACUUUUCCUGAGCUUGUUUCUUCAGUCCGUGUCUCGCUGUCGAUUUCUUCAGUUAUCUUCAGGUUCAGAUUAGCAGGGUCCUGAGCCUGACACCGAGUCCUCCUCGAUCGACCGUCUCCUACCUGGACUGGAGUGGACUCUCGUUCACUUCCCAUGGCCAAAGAAGACCCACUCCGCCGGGACGCCGGAUUCCUCCUCCCUAUCAACUCGGGCUAUACAACUCCGACACCAACCCCCUGCUCCAGGAACAGGGAGAAAGAUGCUAUAAAGGGUCAGCCGAUCUCCUCAACUUCCUCCUCACAUCGCACAGCGAGAUCAAGGAUCCAAGGAUCGUUUACCCACUUUCCCAAGGAAAACAACUGAAUCCAAUCGAGACAAACGCGCGUCCCAUCCCAUGGCGAGCCAGGGCGACGCGAGCGGGAAGAAAGACUACUCCACGGCGAUCCUGGAGAGGAAAAAGUCGCCGAACCGGCUGGUGGUCGACGAGGCGACCAACGACGAGAACUCCACCGUCGCCCUGCACCCGGACACCAUGGACAGCCUCGAGCUCUUCCACGGCGACAUCGUCCUGCUCAAGGGCAAGAAGCGAAAGGACACGAUCUGCAUUCUACUCCCAGACGACACGUGCGACAAGACCAAGGUCCGGAUGAACAAGGUCGUCAGGAAGAACCUGAGGGUCCGGCUCGGCGACGUCGUCUCCGUCCAUCAGUGCCCGGACGUCAAGUACGGGAAGCGCGUGCACGUACUCCCCGUCGACGACACUGUCGAGGGGAUCGCCGGAAACCUGUUCGACGCCUUCCUAAGACCCUACUUCCUCGAGGCCUAUCGUCCCCUCAGGAAAGGAGACCUGUUCCUGGUGAGGGGCGGCAUGACGAGCGUGGAGUUCAAGGUUGUGGAGACCGACCCCGCAGAGUACUGCAUCGUCGCCUCUGACACGGAGAUAUUCUGUGACGGCGAGCCUGUCAGGCGGGAGGAUGAGGAGAGGCUCGACGACGUCGGCUACGACGAUGUCGGCGGAGUCAGGAAGCAGAUGGCCCAGAUCAGAGAGCUGGUUGAGCUCCCGCUGCGCCACCCCCAGCUGUUCAAGUGCAUCGGUGUGAAGCCUCCAAAGGGCAUCUUGCUGUAUGGGCCACCUGGGACCGGCAAGACCCUCAUUGCCAGAGCGGUGGCUAAUGAAACAGGGGCCUUCUUCUUCCUGAUCAAUGGCCCGGAGAUCAUGUCGAAGAUGGCCGGAGAGAGCGAGAGCAACCUCAGGAAGGCGUUUGAAGAGGCCGAGAAGAAUGCGCCGGCCAUCAUCUUCAUCGACGAGAUCGAUUCCAUAGCCCCAAAGAGAGACAAGACCAAUGGAGAGGUCGAAAGGCGUAUUGUCUCGCAGCUGCUCACUCUCAUGGAUGGGCUCAAGUCCCGCUCACAUGUUAUUGUCAUGGGUGCUACCAACCGCCCGAACAGCAUCGACCCUGCUCUCAGAAGGUUUGGCAGGUUUGACCGGGAGAUCGACAUUGGAGUCCCCGAUGAAGUUGGGCGGCUUGAGGUUCUCCGGAUUCACACCAAAAACAUGAAGCUGGCUGAAGAUGUUGAGCUGGAGCAUGUCUCGAGGGACACUCACGGGUAUGUCGGCGCUGAUCUCGCCGCCCUUUGCACCGAGGCUGCUCUCCAGUGCAUUCGCGAGAAGAUGGAUGUUAUCGACCUCGAGGAUGACACCAUUGAUGCGGAGAUACUGAAUUCUAUGGCUGUCACGAACGACCAUUUCAAGAUUGCAUUAGGGACAAGCAACCCUUCCGCCCUUCGUGAAACUGUCGUUGAAGUUCCAAAUGUCUCUUGGGAAGAUGUCGGUGGUCUUGAGGGUGUCAAAAGGGAGCUGCAGGAGACCGUCCAGUAUCCGGUGGAGUACCCAGAGAAGUUUGAGAAGUUUGGCAUGUCUCCCUCCAAAGGUGUUCUGUUCUACGGCCCUCCGGGCUGCGGCAAGACCUUGUUGGCCAAGGCGAUUGCUAACGAGUGCCAGGCUAACUUCAUCAGCAUCAAAGGACCGGAGCUGCUUACCAUGUGGUUUGGUGAGAGCGAGGCCAAUGUGCGUGAGAUUUUCGACAAGGCAAGGCAGUCGGCACCAUGUGUCCUCUUCUUCGAUGAGCUCGACUCGAUUGCCACCCAGAGAGGAAACAGUGUAGGCGAUGCCGGAGGUGCCGCUGAUAGGGUGCUGAAUCAGCUUCUCACUGAGAUGGACGGAAUGAAUGCCAAGAAAACCGUGUUCAUCAUCGGCGCCACCAACAGGCCAGACAUCAUAGACCCUGCCUUGCUGAGGCCGGGGCGCCUUGAUCAGCUUAUCUACAUUCCUCUGCCCGACGUCGAAUCCAGGCUCCAGAUCUUCAGGGCCUGCCUCAGGAAGUCUCCUGUGGCCAAGGACGUCGACCUGAAUGCGCUCGCCAAAUACACACAAGGGUUCAGCGGCGCGGACAUCACGGAAAUCUGCCAGCGUGCGUGCAAAUACGCCAUCAGAGAGAACAUUGAGAAGGACAUGGAAAAGGAGAGGCGGCUGAAGGAAAACCCUGAAGCCAUGGAGGAAGAUGAGGUGAACGAGAUCAAGGCUGCUCACUUCGAGGAGAGCAUGAGGUAUGCACGCCGGAGUGUGAGCGAUGCUGAUAUUCGCAAAUACCAGGCCUUUGCUCAGACGCUGCAGCAGUCCCGCGGUUUUGGCAGCGAGUUCCGGUUCCCUGACCAGCCGGCGGUGGGUGCUACAGCUGCGGCCAAUCCUUUCGCGGCAGCUGCCACGGCAGCUGAAGAAGAUGAUCUCUACAGUUAAAUUGUCUGUUGUGUCUUACACUUACUGUAUUAUAUUAGGAGUAUGCAUCUAUAAGACAUAGGAAGAUCAUGUAAUCAUAUUUUUAAGUGCAGCGUUGUGAUGUAUAUAAUGAAGAUUGUACCCUCCAAAUGAAAGAAAAAAAAACAUUUGUCUCCCAUUCCAGUCUGUGUGUCAAGGAUAUAUCCAUUGGCCUGUGGUACAAUUCUCUUGUUCUCUACAGGCCGCAUCAAGGGUAUUAGCAAUUUAGCAUUAUAUGUGAUGCUAUUUUUUCUUCUUUUAAAUGUACUAGUUCAGUUUUGUUUCGGCAUCUUAAUUAACCUUCUGUUAUACUGCAGUUUUUCUUUCCUUUUUUUGCAAAAGAUUAUCUCUACUGAGAAAUGCCAGAGCCUCUCCAGAAUGUUGACAAAUUAGUUUAGCUGAAAAGCUCUGCAAUGCGCCAAUACCAAAUUUUGGAUUCUCCAACAAAGUAACUGAAAUGAUCUGUUCAUUAGUACCUGGUUUGGCAUCUGUCCCCCUAGCUGUUCAGUAUUGGCCCCUUUACCACAUUCGCAAUCAACAGCGCUCCACGAAUUCUGAAGCGUGGGAUGGCCAUACUCUCAAGCUUAACUUUGGAAGAAAUUUUAGCCCAGGACAAAUCUUGAGCCUCCAGCAUUAACCUGGUCAAUCUCAUGGUUGCCCUGAAAGAUAUACCAACAGCGGAGUUUACUCAACCAGCUCUGUACAUUAAUUACAGGGAAGUGACUCGAGCCUUUAUUUCUCCCAUAUAGAAAAUACAAGUCCCUUCAGAAGUUGAGGUUUUCCUCUGGCUAGUAAGUAAUAGUAUCUCAUAACAAAAUGAUGACCAUGGGCAAUCUGAAUUGUCUUUUGUUCAGAAACUGAACUGUGCAUCCAUCACCUGCUCUUUGAUUGUGUAGUUGUUCUUCCGAAAAAAGGAUUGUGUAGUUACUACUAACAAUAUCUUGGAAAUUAUCCUUUUCUGGCUUCUACACUGGCCAUUGAUUAUGAACCUGUGGCUGAGUUUUGGGUUUCUGAUGAACAUGAAAAAUUAGAAACGGCCUCGAUUUAAAACAUGUUGUUUGGAUGGAUAUCAAACAGGUGUGGUGGCUUAAAGAAAACAGAUGCUUCCUGUCUCCAGAUCCAUUUGAAACCCCUGCAAAUUGGAUGGGAGUGAUGCCGUCAGGCUUUGGAGGGAGCUGGAGGCUCUAAACCUAGCCUCUCUCAACCAGCAUAGGAUUUCAGACCCGCCACCGACCCCAUUUGCUCCUGGAUCCCCUCAACAACUACCCCGCUGGAGUUGAAGUGAAUCCCAAAGAGCUUCCACAUUUUCUAAACAUUAAACAAGGCUUUCUCCACAAGCUAAAUAAGCACUGCUUGUGUAAUAAGCAACCAGCUUACUGGUAAUAUCAAGAGACAAUUCAAGUAAAUAUGAUCACAAGUUCACAGCAGCUUCUCACACCAACCCGAUCGGUUUAUUUCUUUGUUCCUUCCUUCAGGGUAAAAUGGAAUAUGGUAAUGGAGGGAAUCGUUACAUUGUAAUUGUAUCCAUGUUACACACCAGUCUCAACUACUCAACUGGCACCAAAAACAACUUUGGACAUUCCUCGAGUCCUUGGCGACUACCAUCACGCCCACAUGCUUGAAUGAUAAAUUUCAGGCUGGUGACUUCGUCGGGAACUUGGAGGUCUGACAUAUAGAAGGCUUCAACAGUUGCGACACCAAGAAAGCUUCUGGAAACCUUGGCAUUGGAAUCCCCAAUCAACUUCUCCACAUAUAUGUUAUACUUCAUGAAUGAUGCUUGAUGGCUGGUAUUCAACUUCCAGCUAAUUUUCAGACUCA